GACGCGCCGCUGAACCCACAGUCCUGCGCUCCCAGCCCAGCGGGAGGAGCGGCCGAGCCAGGCCGGGCGGACAGAGCGGCCGGCGCGGCGCGGGGUGCAUGAAGUUGGGCGCGUGCGGGCCUCGGAGCGGGGGCGCGGCGGAGACAGGAGCGGUCCGCGUCUACAGCCCGCUCGGUGCGCCAUGGAGCUCGAGGACCCGGGGGCGCUGCCACCUCCGCCGCUGGCGCUGCUGUUGCUUCUCGGGGUCGGCCUCCUGCCUGCGGGCAGCCACGUGGAGACCCGGGCCCACGCAGAGGAACGGCUGCUGAGGAAGCUCUUCUCUGGCUACAACAAGUGGUCCCGGCCUGUGGCCAAUAUCUCGGACGUGGUCCUCGUCCACUUCGGCCUGUCCAUCGCACAACUCAUUGACGUGGACGAGAAGAACCAGAUGAUGACAACGAAUGUGUGGGUGAAGCAGGAGUGGCAUGACUAUAAGCUGCGCUGGGACCCCAGCGACUAUGAGAAUGUGACCUCCAUCAGAAUCCCCUCCGAGCUCAUCUGGCGGCCGGACAUCGUCCUGUACAACAACGCGGAUGGGGACUUCGCUGUCACCCACCUGACCAAGGCCCACCUGUUCCAUGACGGCCGGGUACAGUGGACGCCCCCCGCCAUCUACAAGAGCUCCUGCAGCAUCGACGUGACCUUCUUCCCCUUCGACCAGCAGAACUGCACCAUGAAGUUCGGCUCCUGGACGUACGACAAGGCGAAGAUCGACCUGGUGAGCAUGCACAGCCGCGUGGACCAGCUGGACUUCUGGGAGAGCGGCGAGUGGGUGAUCGUGGAGGCCGUGGGCACCUACAACACCCGGAAGUACGAGUGCUGUGCCGAGGUGUACCCCGACAUCACGUACGCCUUCGUCAUCCGGCGCCUGCCGCUCUUCUACACGGUCAACCUCAUCAUCCCCUGCCUGCUCAUCUCCUGCCUCACCGUGCUCGUCUUCUACCUGCCGUCCCAGUGCGGCGAGAAGGUGACGCUCUGCAUCUCGGUGCUGCUGGCCCUCACCGUCUUCCUGCUGCUCAUCACCGAGAUCAUCCCGUCCACCUCGCUGGUCAUCCCGCUCAUCGGCGAGUACCUGCUCUUCACCAUGAUCUUCGUCACGCUGUCCAUCGUCAUCACCGUCUUUGUGCUCAACGUGCACCACCGCUCCCCGCGCACACACAGCAUGCCCGCCUGGGUGCGUCGGGUCUUCCUGGAUGCCAUGCCGCGCCUGCUGCUCAUGAAGCGGCCGUCUGUGGUCAAGGACAGCUGCCGGCGGCUCAUCGAGUCCAUGCACAAGACGGCCGGUGCCCCACGCCUCUGGCCCGAGCCCGAGCCCCAGGGGGAGUCCCACCACGCAAGCAGAGCCCAGAGCUGGGGCCCCUCGCCCAGCCGGUCCUUCUGUGGCCCCCUGGACGAGCCUGUCAGGCCCCAGCCUGCCUGCAAGCCGCCCUCGGACCAGGUCCCUGUUCUGCCGCCCUCAGAGGCCCAGAAAGCCAGCCCCUGCCCCUCGCCAGUCACCUUCCGCUCACUCACCGGCACCAGGGCCGCCGGGCUCAACAAAGCCCGGUCCCUGAGUGUGCAGCACAUGUCCAGCCCUGGCAAAGCAGCUGAGGGCGGUGUCCGGUGCAGGUCUCACAGCAUCCAGUACUGCGUUCCCCGAGAGCAGGCCGCCUCCCAGGCCGAUGGCCAGACUGCCAGCUCCCCCGCCUCCCUGAAGGUCCCCCCAGCGGAGCUCCCACCCCCAGACCAGGCUUCUCCAUGCAAAUGCAAGUGCAAGAGGGAGCGGUCCAGAGGGUCCCCAAACGCUGCCCUGAAAGCCCGCAGCACCAAAGCCUCUCCCCGGCACCUGCCCCUGUCACCGGCCCUGACGCGGGCGGUCGAGGGUGUCCAGUACAUCGCAGACCACCUGAAGGCAGAAGACACAGAUUUUUCGGUGAAGGAGGAUUGGAAGUACGUGGCUAUGGUCAUUGACCGUGUCUUCCUCUGGGUGUUCGUCAUCGUCUGCCUGCUGGGGACCGCGGGCCUCUUCCUGCCGCCCUGGCUGGCUGGCAUGCUCUAGGGGCCGGGACGGCGGGGCCCCGGUGCCUGCAUGACAACGGCAGCGUCUACGGAGCUGCACCUGCUCUGCACGGGACCCCCUGCACCCACCGGGGUCACGCCCUUUCCCAGACUGUCCCCCCUUCUGUUUACUGUAAGACGGACUUGGGAAGAGCUCCUGCCUCUUGGGGGUGCAGGGCGCUCAGUCCUGUCCCAGGGCAGCCAGCGGCAAAGGGGCCGGGCUGGUAAAUGCUUGUUUUUGUCUGCAGGGCAGUGUCACCGCCUGAGUCUUAAUAAAGCUUAUUGGGAG